AUGCUCGUCCUCCACAUCGACGACCUCAAAGUAAUGCACAAACUCCUCGCCAAACUCCUCUCCAAACACAAUAUAACCCACAUCCCCGUGCACAACCCCCGCGAUGCCCUAGCCUACCUCUCCAACCCGCACAAUCCGCGUCCGAAUUUCAUUUUUCUCAAGAUACAAGUCCCCGUGAUGUCUCCGCAGGAAUUCAUCCGUAUCCUGCGUACGCAGCCGCCAUUUGUGAAUGAUCCGGUUCUACGUGCGGCACCGGUGAUAGGUAUGGAUGCGUCCAGGGUCCGGGCGAGUCGCGAGAAGUUUAUUCGCGAGUGGGGGGUUGAUGAUGUAGUUCCGCGGCCGAUGAAGGCCAAGGUGUUGCGGGAUGUGUUGUUGUAUUGGUCAAGGAGGGAGAUGGUUCCGAAUCAGGAUGGUGGUUCAGGGUUUGGGGUUCGGCCGGUUUGGGGGCCGUUUCCUUUACGGGGGUAUACGGGGCCGAGGUCGUUGCUUUAG